UAUGCUUUAAAUGUAAAUUUUCUAAUUAAAUAAUAACCUGUAUUUAAAUAUUGAAUGUAUUUUAACUCUGCAAAAGAUAUUUUCAAAAUGAUUAGUAUCAAAUAUAUUAUCAAAAUUUGAUAAAAGUUGACUUUUUUAGAACGAUAUGAAUGCCUUUUAUAUUUCAUGUUAUUAAAAUUAUAUAGAAAGACAGAAAGGUCAUAAAGAUCAUAAAGGUGGAAAGAGAGGUACCUAAUUAAAUGGAUUUUGUUUUCUAAUCAUUUGCAUCAACAUUUAAAGAGUUUAAAGUAGGACAUAGCCACAAAAAAUUUAUCGAAAAUUCAUAACUCAGUUUUUUUGCUGUCAAUGGAAGAAUACAGAAUUUCGAAAGACAAUAUGAAUGCUUGUAGAUCAUUGAACAAUCAAGAAUUCCCAACUGUACAGCAGGUUCCUAAUGUGGUUUUAUCUCCAGAUAUUCAAUAUAUUGAUGAAGAAGGGCUACCAAGUGAUUCGAAGUCAAUAAAAAUACAUAGAGAUGACAGAACUCACAGUAGUUUAAGAAUUGCAAGGAAACCGUCAUCCAGACGACGUGUCUGUCGCCAUCAUAGUGACAGUGAAGCUCGAAAUGUCACUACCUCUACAAAAAAAGCUCCUAAGACUAACCAUAAACCACGUUCUAAGAGAAUCCGGCGGUCUGUUUCUGAUGUCGAAACCAACAAGUCCAGUUAUAGGCCUCAUAUUAGACGGAGUAUCAGUGAUCGAUCCAGUUUAAUUGUUGUUGGUAAACAUUUGGCUCCUCCGAGGCCCAGACUUCGGCCACAUAGUAUGAGUGACACUCAUUCUUCUAGAUGCAGUUCAACUAAAACUCUGUCUAGUAACGUGUCUAUAUCUGAAAUAGUUGCAGUUGAAAUGGGACUCAAAGAUAUACCUGGACUGACACAAAAAGAGGCAAGAAGGAGAAGAGUAGUUUUUACAGUAAUGGUUGUUUCUGUCAUAAUCCUUGUACUCAGUGUGGUAUUAAUUGCUCUAACUUUGCUGUUGUCCCCGGCUGUCGACGCAGUAUGUAAGUUCUAA